CUCUAGUAACGCCUCUUUAAAAGCCGAUGCUGCUUCUGAGCCAACUUCUCAUCACAACACUGAGAAGUAGAAAUUCAAAUAAAGAUGGAUGAUCAUAAAACCCCUCUUUUGUCCAAGGACUCAUCAUCAUCAUCAUCAUCUACAUCAUCUGUCGUGACUUCAUCUUUGAAAUGGGUAUUGAAAGUUGUAAUGUCUAUGAUUUUUGUGACGUGGAUUGUUUUUCUUAUGAUAUUGUACCCUGAACAACUCGGCGAUGAUUUCCUCACAGUAGUCGCCUCCAAGACUUUCCUCGGCACCACAGGAAGCAUGUUCUUAAUUUUCAGUGGUCCGAUUCUUGUCAUCGCUGUCUUAGCUUCUCUCUAUCUAAUUAUCUCCGGAGAAGACAAGGUCUUCACUAAAAACAAGAUAUCAAAAUUCCCGAGGUUUAGGCUAUGGACAUUUCCUGUUCUUGUGGAUGGACCAUUUGGGGUUGUUUCUGCAGCUGAGUUUCUUGGAAUUAUGGUCUUCUCUGUUUUCUUCCUUUGGGCUAUAUAUGCUUAUACUUUGAGGAAUCUUGAUCUUCUUGAACGCUUCCACGUCCUUCCCAAGAAUCGAAGUAUUCUGCUGUUGGAGGUAACUGGUCUGCGUUUAGGAGUGAUUGGAUUGUUGUGCAUGGUUUUUUUGUUUCUUCCAAUCUCGAGAGGCUCCAUUCUUCUCCGCCUUAUCGAUAUCCCUUUCGAACAUGCUACACGAUACCAUGUUUGGCUUGGUCAUAUCACUAUGGCUUUCUUCUCUUUACAUGGCCUCUGUUAUGUUGUUGGAUGGACCAUUCAAGGUCAACUUUUAGAGCUUAUAUUUUCAUGGAAUGCUAUUGGAAUUGCUGUGUUACCGGGAGUUAUCAGUCUAGUGGCUGGUUUACUCAUGUGGGUCACGUCGCUUCACACCGUGAGAAAGCAUUACUUUGAGCUCUUCUUCUACACACAUCAACUAUACAUCGUCUUUGUCGUCUUCUUGGCACUUCAUGUUGGUGACUACUUAUUCAGUAUAGUUGCUGGAGGAAUAUUUCUUUUCAUUCUAGACCGCUUCUUGAGGUUCUGCCAAUCCAGAAGGACUGUAGAUGUAAUCUCUGCAAAGAGUUUGCCUUGUGGAACUCUGGAACUAGUCCUUUCAAAACCACCAAAUAUGCGAUACAAUGCGCUUAGCUUUAUCUUUCUUCAAGUGAGGGAACUAUCAUGGCUACAAUGGCAUCCUUUCAGUGUUUCAUCAAGUCCUUUAGAUGGGAACCAUCAUGUUGCGGUUCUCAUAAAGGUUCUUGGUGGAUGGACCGCAAAGCUUAGAGACCAGUUGUCAAAUCUAUAUGAGGCAGAGAAUCAAGACCAGCUUAUUUCUCCUGAUUCAUAUCCCAAAAUCACAACUUGUGUGGAAGGACCUUAUGGCCAUGAAUCUCCAUACCACUUAGCGUACGAGAACCUGGUCUUAGUAGCAGGAGGAAUCGGGAUUACGCCUUUUUUCGCCAUCUUAAGCGAUAUCCUACAUCGUAAAAGAGAUGGGAAAGCUUGUUUACCUAGUAAUGUUUUACUUGUAUGGGCCAUUAAAAACUCAGACGAGCUCUCUCUUCUCUCAGCAAUUGACAUACCUUCCAUUUGCCCUUUCUUCUCUAAGAAACUAAACCUUGAGAUUCACAUAUAUGUCACUCGACAAUCCGAGCCCCGCUUGGAAGAUGGGAUGGUUCACAAGGUGGUGCAUCCUUCUGUUAAACCACCACGGACCAACAGAUGUUCCAUGUCGGUUCUAGUUGGUACAGGGGACAACAUAUGGUCUGGACUCUAUCUAAUUGUCUCCACCAUUGGGUUCAUUGCAAUGAUCACAUUGUUGGACAUCUUUUACAUAAAAAAAUACAACAUAACGACGUGGUGGUACAAGGGACUUCUAUUUGUUGUUUGUAUGGUUGCAAGUGUGUUGAUUUUUGGAGGUCUUGUAGUUGUUUUCUGGCAUCGCUGGGGUCACAAAAUCGGUGAAGUGGAAGGAAAUGGCAAUGACAAGGUGAAUUUAAAUGGAGAAGAAACCCAUAAUCCAUCUGCAGCAGAGCUCAAGGGGUUGGCAACAGAAGAAGAUGUCCAGAGUUACACCACUAUUCGUUAUGGCACCAGACCGAACUUUAGAGAGAUAUUUGCGUCGUUGAAUGGGAAAUGGGGAAGUGUGGAUGUUGGAGUAAUAGUAUGCGGUCCAGGGACUCUUCAGACGACCGUAGCCAAAGAGAUACGGUCACAUAGCAUCUGGCGGUCUGCGAAUCAUCCUCUUUUCCACUUCAACAGCCACAGUUUCGAUCUCUAAGUCUCUAACGAUGCUUUCAAGGCCAAGGAACAUCAUGGAAAAUUCGACAAAAAAAUUGAUGCAUAUAUUUUAGGUAAUCGCAGUCUUUAUGAAUUAUGGAAAGAGCCUAUGGUUGAUAUGUGUAUGUUUUAUCUUUCAGUUUUCAUGUAUAAGUAGUAAUCAAAUGUAUGAGCAUCUUCUAUGGUUUCUAGUUCUACACUUGGUAUUUGUUUGUACUUUGGACAUAUGAUACUAAUUAAAUGCAAGCUGAUAAGGCCUAAAAUUACAUA